UGUAAACAUCGAAAUAUUUUACACGUCAUUAACAAAAAAGAAAAGUUGGAAAAGCCACGGUUGGAUUUCGGCUCGUAAAUUCUCUGAAUUCUAGUGGUGUGAGAAAUGAGGAGGCAGCGACAGACCAAGGAGACGAGGAAGGAGAAAAAGGAACGAAGGGAGGAAAAUGCAAAAAUCCAUCAGCAACUUUAUCUAGCACUAUCUGUAGUUGCUGUCGUAUUUAUUUUAAUUGGAGUAUUUGUUUACCUUAAAACUCGUCCAGUCAGCUAAUAUAUAAACAGUUGUAACUUCUUUUGUGAUCCCCAGUGUCUUCCAGAAAUGUUUUAUCAAUAUAAUUUAUAUAUCUGCCAAUGUGUACCUACAUAUAACUAUUUUACACGCACCCACUGAUACAGUUUUGCAUUUUUUUUAAAGCUGGUACAGAGUUUUAUAAUGUUCAAGAAAAUAUGAAGAAAAAUCUGUGGAAAAAAUAAAUAUUUUCAAAACAAAUUCUAAGGCGGGAACUUUGAUUUUUGUACGGAUGAUUUUUGGUAGUUGAUAUUUGAAUGUGAAAUCGAGGAGUGCUGUCAGAGGAUUUGUCCAAAAAUAGAUUUUUGGGCCAAGAAAAACGUGCGGAUUUUUAUUGAGCAGUAAAAUCCUUUGGAGGGAGUUGUUGUUUACGUUUUUGGGUGAAAUUAACCUCAAAAAGAGUCGAGUUUUAGGAUUUUCGUGAGGCUUUUUUUUAACCAGAUACGUAAGCCCCGUAAGCCAAAGGAAGGUCCGUAGGAAGCCGUGUGAGAUGGAGAAUUCAAAAAGUGAUGGAGGUGACCGUAGAGAUUCGGAGAGGAAGAAAUUGGCCAAAGAGGAGAGAAUGCGUGACUUAAAAGUCGAGGAGCAGCUGGUGAAAUCAAUGAGCAGCAUGGAGCCAGAUGAUAAGAUACACAAUCUGGUGAAGAAGUACGUGGACUUGGAGAAAGAGACACGUAAACUUGGGAGUGUGGCCAAGCAGCAGGAGAAGCGACUGGAUUUGAUACAAAAGGAGAAGGAAAAUCUACAGCAGGAGUACAAUAAAGCCAUCCUGACAAAAUCCAAGCUAGAAUCACUGUGCCGGGAACUCCAGCGACAGAAUAAAUCCAUCAAGGAUGAGAGCUUUGCGAAGAUCCGGGAGGAGGAGGAGAAGCGCAAGGAGACUCAAGCUAAAUUUCAGAAAUCCCUCAAUGAAAUCACCACACUGAUGAAUGAGAACAACGAGCGGAAUAAGAAGCUCCAGGAGGACAAUGUGGAGAUGUCCAAGAGACUUAAGUACCUCCUGGAGCAGUCAGAGACAAGAGAGCAGCAAGUGGAGAAAAUCAAUAUGAGUAUUGAUCUCUCGACACAGCUCAAUGAGGCAAAACUCACAAAAAUCCAGAUGGAAGCUGCCCUGGAGAAGGAAGGGCUCCUGAAGGAAAAGCACGAAAUCCUAACGGAUCUCAAGAGAACGCGCCAGCAAUUUGCUGAAGCACAGCAGCAACUGGAUCUUUACACCACAAAAUAUGAUGAAUUUCAGAAUUCCCUGUCCAAGAGCAAUAGCAUUUUCACAACCUACAAAGCCGAACUGGAGAAGAUGUCCAAGAAAAUUAUAAAGCUGGAGAAGGAACGGAAUGAAUGGAGGACGAAAUUUGAGAAGAGUAAUGUUGCUGUCCUGGAGCUGGCAUCCGAUAAGCAACUCAAAGAUCAAAUACUGAACAAGACAACUCGUCAAUUGGAUCAACUGCAGAAACUCUGUCGAUUUCUUCAGGCUGAUCGCGCUCUCCUGGUCAAUACCCUGAAGGAGAAUAACAUCGAACGACCAGCCCUGCCAGAAUUACCACCGGAACCGGAGCCAGUGGAACCCGAACCAUCGCCUCAGGAUGACAAGCUCGAACGGAUGAUGAAGACUUGCAGUGAAUACAAGCAAAAUCUCGCUGUCCUGCAGAAUCAACUGGCGUCAAUUACCAAACCGUCCACAUCGCAGGAAAGUAAGAAGUCCAAAGCAAAGAGCAAGAAGAAAGAAUCGCAGAAGACUCUCGCCUGUGAAAUGGAAAAUGGAGAUGCUGUAGUAGAACCAGUCGCCCUCGCCAAUUCCGACAGUGCCCCUAUGAGUCAGGAAAAUACCAAUGACACCUCAAUAAUUGCUUCCGCACUGCCCAUCGAUCAGCAGGACAUCAAGGAGUAGAAAAGCCGGAAGCCUCAUUAUUUACCAAGAAAAAAAACUCGAAUAUUUGUGUGAAAUUUGUAAUUUAUCAACUAAUUUCUUUGAAAUAAAUGAAAUUCUCUUAA